GACCCGCGGACCCCACGCACGCACGCGAGCAGCGCGCCGAGCGGCCCAGCAGCAGUAGCAGCAGCAGCAGCAGCGUCAUGGCCGGGUGGAACGCCUACAUCGACAACCUCAUGGCGGACGGGACCUGUCAGGACGCGGCCAUCGUGGGCUACAAGGACUCGCCCUCCGUCUGGGCCGCCGUCCCCGGGAAGACCUUCGCCAACAUCACGCCAGCUGAGGUUGGUGUCCUGGUUGGUAAAGACCGGUCAAGUUUUUUCGUGAAUGGGCUUACACUUGGGGGCCAGAAAUGUUCUGUUAUCCGGGACUCACUGCUGCAGGAUGGGGAAUUUACCAUGGAUCUUCGUACCAAGAACACUAGCGGAGCGCCCACCUUCAACAUCACUGUCACCAUGACUGCCAAGACGCUAGUCCUGCUGAUGGGCAAAGAAGGUGUCCACGGUGGUAUGAUCAACAAGAAAUGUUAUGAAAUGGCCUCCCACCUGCGGCGUGCCCAGUACUGACCUUGUCUCCCUCGCCCCCACCCCAUCACUCUCCACUGCUUUUGCGCCCCUCUCCCUUCCCAUACACGUACCAUUUUUAUUUGGGGGCCAUUACCCCACUCCCUUUAUUGCUGCCAAAACCACAUGGGCUAGGGGCUGGCCUGAUGGACAGAUGCCUCCCCGUCCCAUACCCCUCCUGUGUGUGGUUCGAAAACUUUUGUUGAUUUUUCGUUCUUUUUUUUUUUUUUUUUUUUUUCUGAAUAAAAAAAGAUUCUAACAA